UCGCCGAGCAUCUCCCUGUGCUUUAUCAAGCAUAGAUAAGACUUUACGGGCUUUAUCACCUUUGUUUUGUAUUAAAUCAUUCACAAAAGUUCGCCAAUCGUUGGUAUAAAAUUCACUGCGGAAUUCCACAGAAGAUCAUUUGAGUUUCGUGUGUGAAAGAGUUGCAAAGUUGCGCGUGCGAAAUGAUCGGUUGUGCAAUUAGUCUCUUGGCCGGUUUCAUAUUCUCCAAGUGGGGGAUUUUGGCGGCGAUUUGCAGCUACUUCGCGUACAAAUGGAGCAUCGCUAAUUACAAGAUAUUCGAGGAGCGCGGCCUCAAGUUCAUCCCACCCUUGCCACUCAUUGGGAACUUCAAGCCCCUGGUUUUCCAAACGAAAACCUUCACAGACACCGUUCAUGAGUUCUAUAAUUUUUUCCCCAGAGAAAAAGUUAAUGGCAUCUUUGAGUUCCGGAAACCCGUCUUUUUGAUCCGCGAUCCUGAAUUAAUCAAGCAAAUUGGCGUUAAGGACUUCGAUCACUUCCUCGAUCAUCGAGUGAAUUUAGAAGAGGAUCAAGAACCACUCUUUGGUCGCAAUCUUUUCGCUCUCAAAGGCCAAAGAUGGAGAGACAUGAGAUCCACUCUGAGUCCUGCUUUCACAGGAAGCAAAAUGCGCACAAUGUUCCAAUUAGUCUCUGAAUGCUGCUCGGAAACUGUCAAUUAUCUGGAGAAGGAAUCGAAAGGAGGAAAACCAAUGUUAACUGACUUAAAAGACUUCUUCACAAGAUUCACUAACGAUGUCAUUGCAACUUGUGCUUUUGGUAUCAAAGUGGAUUCAUUGAAUAACAAGGAAAAUGAGUUUUAUGUUGCAGGAAAGAAAGCCACAGACUUUAGCGGAAUACGCAGUCUUGCUUUCUUCAUCAUGGUUAAUUUCCCCAAACUAAGCAAGUUUUUGGGUCUGUCGAUAUUCUCUAAGAAAUUCUCCACAUUCUUCAAAAAUCUUGUUUGGGACACAAUUCGUCACAGAGAAAGAGAAAAUAUAAUUCGUCCUGAUAUGAUUAAUCUGCUAAUUCAAGCGAGGAAAGGAAAGUUGAAGUACGAAGAGGAAGAUGUCGAUAAGGAAGGAUAUGCAACUGUCCACGAAACCACAGUUGGAGAAGCGAUUCACCAGAGCAAGCUUGAAGAUGAUGAUCUCACAGCACAAUGCAUGAUUUUCUUCUUGGCCGGAUUUGACACGAGCAGUACUUGUAUGAGCUUCACAGCUCACGAACUUGCUACAAAUCCCGAAGUGCAGCAGAAGCUUCUGAUAGAAGUGGACGAGAUGAAGGAGAAAUUGGCCGGAAAGCCUCUGACUUACGAAGCUCUCCAGCACAUGCCAUACCUUGACAUGGUGAUUUCGGAGAGUCUCCGAUACUGGCCUCCGGCGGUUGCGACUGAUCGACAGUGUGUGAAACCCUACACAAUUAAAGUGGAUAAUGUGAAUUGCGAAGUUAAGGUUGGAGAAGGAAUAUUUAUACCAAUUGUUAGUCUGCAUCACGACCCAAAAUACUUCCCGAAUCCUUCCCGAUUUGAGCCUGAGCGAUUCAGCGAUGAAAACAAGGACAAAAUCACGCCCUUCACUUACCUUCCGUUCGGAGUUGGACCGAGAAAUUGCAUUGGAUCGAGAUUUGCCUUGAUGGAAACGAAAGCCAUUAUUUACUACAUUCUGACAAAGUUUACUUUUGAAGUCUCUGAAAAGACACAAAUUCCUUUGAAGCUGGCAAAAACAGGAUUUGCUUUGAAGCCAGAAAAGGGUUUCUGGGUGAAUUUGAAACCAAGAAAUUGAUUUGCAUAAAUAUUUGAUAGAACAAUAUUAAAGGCAGAGUUGAUAAUAAAAUCGAAAAUA